ACACAUCACCUCCUCUUCCUCUUCUUCUUCCUCCUCGUCCUCAUCUUCCUCUCCUCUCCUCCGCCGGUCCUCCGCUCCUCUCCAUGCCGGCGGACUGGAGCUCUUCGCCGGACUCAGCAUGGCGAAGAUCCGCGUCUCCUACGAGUAUUCGGAGGCCGAGGACAAGAGCAUCCGGCUGGGUUUGUUCCUGAUCGCCUGCGGGAUCCUCAGCCUCUUCAUCCUGGGCUUCUGCUGGCUGAGCCCCACGCUGCAAAGCCUGCAGAGCAAGCCGGCAAACUGCACGGUGGUGUCGGUGCUGCGUCCGGAGGAGAUGUUCGAGUGUAUUUUCACGUGUGGAGCAGACUGUAAGGGAACGUCUUUAUAUCCCUGCCUGCAGAUCUUCGUCAACAACUCAGAGUCUAACUCUGUGGCUCUGCUGCACUUUGACGAGCAGCAGCUGGUCCUCAACCCAAAGUGUUCGUACGUGCCUCCGUGUGAACGAGACAACCAGAAGAACCGAGACAGCGUCCUGUGGUGGGAGGACUACUUCAGCCGGGAGGUGAGCAGCCAGGUCUUCACCUGCUUCUUCAACCAGCAGCGCAGGCCGGACGACGUGUUGUGGCGGCGUUCCCACGACACCAGCGUGCUGCUGCACUGCGUCCUGUGGCCGAUGGUUUCUCUUCUGCUCGGCACGCUCAUCGUGCUCCUGACCGUCUGUGCUCGAUCCCUCGCCGUCCGGGCCGAGGCGCUCCAGAAGAGGAAGUUCUCCUACGAGGUCUGCCAGGAUCUCUCGGCCUCCGGGUCCUCGGAGCGCCGUGGACACAAAGCCGAAGACCCGCUAACGAACUCUGACCCCGAAACGUCUUCUUCUCCGACUCGAACCCUGCCUCUGUUCGCUGUUCCGGUGCGACGUCGAGAUCGGGAACACUGAGACAAAAAAUGGGAAGUUUGUUUUGAAUUUAAAUCAGGAUGCUUAGUUGUAAAGCCGGUGGGCGAAGACAGCUAACGUGCUAACGACGACGCUAACUUAUCAUGGGUUGAAACCAAGAAAUCUGAGAAGAGGAAGAUGAUGGGAAAACCAGCAGAAGAUGUUCCUCUGGAUUUAAGAUGCUGUUGAGUUCUGUGAUGUAAUCAGCAUUUGUUAUCCGCUUACUGUGCUGUACCCUGAGGGUUUAGGACUCACGCCUGCAGUCUCGUUGUUGCUCUGAUGGUACGAUGAAUUUAAUGUCAGGAAAAGUGACUUUAAUGUAGCGCUUCUAUAAAUGUAGUUUUCCCUUCGAGUCCCAGUAGCCAUAAUGUAAAUAAAUAGCGAGCCAAAGUCCUGACGUCCUGUAACUGUAAGAAGUAGAGCUGCAACCACAGACCAGUAAUACACAACUAUAAUGUCAUUUAAUGCAAAAAUGUCCAGAAAUGCCACUCGUAUAUGAAGACAUGGAGUUAUAUAUCAUCACAGACACAACAAGACAUUUAGAAACCUAAUACUGGACUUUGAGAAACUAGGAUGGAUGUUUUUUUUUACAAUUUCUCACGUUUUCUGGAAAGAUAUUUGGCAGAAUAUUAAAUUAUUGUUAGUUGCAGCUCUACUUUAAAGACUCAAUGCAAUCUUUCAUCAAGGGUUUCUUCCAUCAGUCUUUCUUGGAGA